ACUUCUUCUCUCUCCUCACUUCCCACUAUCCAUUAUCUCUCUACACUUUAUCUCUCUACCUUAUUCUCUGAACUCUCUCCUCAAACUUAAACUAACUUGAUCGUCGGAGCUUAAUCCAGGGGGCAACCCCGGCUCUUUCACAGGUUCUCUUCCUCCCGACGAGAUCGGACGAACAGGUGAUGAGUCAACCCACACCAACAAAUAUCAUUGUUCAUACCGGAGCAAGACGGUACAAACACUAACCUCCACUGCCUUCGAGACUGCCAGAGAGAGCAUCAUUUGGCAAAGAAUUAUCUCGCAUGACAAGUUUGGUGAUUUCAUGGCAAUGGACUAUGGUGAAUGUUUGAAACACAAUAUUAACAACAACAGCCUCGGCAACUGGCCGGGGGAGUGGGCGAGCUACUUCAGCCUCAUCUUGUGGUUCAUCUGGAAGCAAAGAAAUGAGAAGAUCUUUCAAGGAAAGGCGCUCUCCCUACCCUCUCUAUUCCACUAUGUUACGGCUAAAGCAAAAGAAUGGGCAGGUAUUUGGGAGGCUGCCUCUAGGAAGCUUGAUGUGCGCUCCAAAGCUGCCCGUUCGGAGGAGCUGAUCGGCUGGAAACCCCCUCCCGUAGGUUGGCUGAAGCUUAACACAGAUGGAGCGGCACAGGGACACGGUGGUGAGAUUGGUGCAGGGGGUGUCAUUCGCAACAGUAAUGGAGAUUGGAUUAAGGGUUUUGUCUGCAGGAUUGGAGCUGGAUCAGUGAUUAUGGCGGAGCUCUGGGGUAUCCUAAGAGGCAUCAAUCUGGCUAGAAGAAUGGGAAUCGAGUUCCUGAUCAUUGAAUCUGACUCCCGAUUGGCCCUUGAUCUCAUUCAGCAACCGCAUGAUCCGACCCACCUCCAUGCUAGCAUCCUUGCAGAUAUUCGGAGAACUCUCGCACAGAAUUGGGUGGUGCAACUAGUCCAUUCAUACCGGGAAGGGAAUAGAGUCGCAGACUGGCUCUCGAAGCACAGUCUCGUCUAUCCCUUUGGUAUGCAUGAAUUAGAUGACCCACCCAAGGCGGCAAGAGCAAAACUUAGAGAAGAUGUUAUAGGAGUCAGUAUACCUCGUAUGGUGAUUAGACAGGAGAGUUGAGAGUUUCCCCCUUUCUCCCCGGUGAUGUUCUGAGUCUUUGUUUGUUUUCUUGCUGUUGUUCCACAACCUCCAUUCAAUAAAUAAAUAAAUAAAUAUCUGUUGGAGGUGUAUUUGUAACUCAGUUAUGUCAUACACUCCUAUUAACUCUUGCAUUUUUUUAAGUGGUAAUUGGCAUUCUAUUGGUCAUUCGAUUGUCAUCCUCUAGUCCAAGUACUGAAAAAUGGGAUGACAGUUGUCAUGCCAUCCAAUUGCAACUACCACCCCAUAACAUCAAUUGUAUACGUCUUUAGGCUUUUCCAUAUUAUGUGUUUGCUUGUAAUUUGAAGUGAGAUUUUUUUUUUCUCUUUCUGUUGUCAUAGUUUAUGCUAGGUGGUGUUAAUUUUUGGGCGCAGGCAUAUUAUGGAUCGAUAGAGUGAAGGUUGAGAUCAUUGUAGGCAUGUUUGAAGCUUCAUCAAGGGACACAUACCAAAAUUCACGAUCAUAAUUCUCUAAUUCAAACAGUGAAUUGUUAAAACUACACAUUGUUAAUAUACACAUAAUCUUUAA